CCGCAAUUUUUUUUUUUCAGAAAUAUGUCUUUUUUUUGGUCUAACAAAACUUUUUUACGUUUUUACGUUCUUUUCUAGGAAGAAAGUCAUCAAGCCGCUAUAGCUUGUUCUUCAACUCGAAAAGCAAGAAUGCAGGACCUAACGAAAGCCCGCGGGCGCUUGCAGAAAGAGCGGGCUGCGCUGCUGGAGCUGACUCUCGAGGAGCACGGGCUGUGUACCACCCUGGAAGACUGUCCGAUCGAUGGCACGUUUCCGGCCAAGUGGCGCGCGUACGUGCAGGGCCCACUGAGUACGUGCUGGGAAGCAGGCGUGUUUGCCGUCGAAAUGGAAAUCUGCGCGGAGUUUCCGACCAAGCCGUCCAAGGUGCGGUUCACCGACCCGGUUUUCCACCCGAAUGUGGGCCCCGGCGGCGAAAUUUGCGACAAGCUGUUCCAGGAGAUGUGGUCCCCCGUGAUCCGGUUGGAAAAAGUUCUGCUCACGGUCCGCAGCUUGCUCGUGGACGAGGUGAGGCAGAGUCCGGGUCUGGAGGCCACCGACGAGGCCACGCGGGCUUCCGGUACGAUGAUCAAGACGAAAAUAUUAACGGGCACUAGUAGCUCCUCCUCUGCGCUAGCUUCUUCGUCCGGCAGCGGUCAGCAUAACAAGGUCUACAGUGCACCGCGCACGGCAUACCAGCUGCAGAACCACGAGAGCUUUGUUGCUGCCGACGGCAGAACCCUACCGCGCAAGCUGUAUCACUACACCAGUGGGAAGAAUCGGGACCGGAUUCAGCAGUCCGGAGUUUUGAUGGGCAGUUCCAAGGGCGGCUAUGGUCCGGGCGUUUACGCGACAGCAAUCCACCCCAUGCGAACCACGGAAAAGACCGAUAUCCUGGCGAACAAUUACGGUAUAUAGGAGUAGCUAUGUAGCUCUAGCUGGGUUUGACGAGUUCCGUAACUGCUUCGAAAGGAAUGGUAGGUCUCCACCACUGCAGCUCCAUUUUGCGAGGCAGUGCAGCUCUUGAGCAUUUUUAUCUAUCAUCAACUGCGAAGAACAAUUUGUUGGGUUGAUUUGAAGAGCAUUAGGAAUGGUGCCGGAAGGUUAUGACUGCUCACAAACAACUCCUGUCAGGUUUCAUCUGUUCCGGUGACGGACGCGCAGACUUCGUGAUUGAAUUGGACGUGCAGUGUUUACUGGCUGACAAGUAUAAUGUGCAGCACCACCAAAAGGGCACACGCGACAUUUACUUGCUGACGCUGCCGCACAAGAGCCAGCACGACAUCACUUUGACCCCCCAGAACCACCAUCUGGUGCCUUUCCACGCCCUGGCGAGCUGCGAAGUGAACCACCCGGCCAGUGAAUUGAUCCGAAGCGACAACGCUCUGUAUCGGGCCUGCGUCCAGUGGAGUAUCGUGAACCACGGCACCUACCUAGAGGACUUGCCACGGCAGGGUGGCGUACCACUUCCCAAACCGUCGGUGAUGCGGAAAUACUUUGAGAAGCCGUUGCCGAGUACGAAUAAAAGCGGAGUGGAAGUAGAAAAUACUCCAACUCCAGCGCGCGCGCAACCAUCGCGCGAGCAACUGAAGGCCGUCGGAGAAGCGAUGUUUUCCGCGCGGAGCCUGGUGCCGUCCUUUUUUGACCUGUAUUCCUUUCCGCAGUUCCGAAAGAAGCUGGGCGAGAGAGAGGGUCAGGUCGCGGAGGCGAUACUGCGGAAACACUUGGGCAAAGCGCGUCGACUAGAUACGCUGGAGUUUUCCGUCGAAAAUUUUGUGACGAAAAAACGCAGCAAGCUGCGUUUCAGGAAUCUGGACGAACUGGAGAACCACGGCGCAAAAUAUUUCGUGGAAGACGAAGCGAAUUAUGCCAGUUCCGGCGCGCAAGACGAACUGCAGUGGAGGACUUUGAAGGUCGAACUCAACGAGAAGCUGGAGAAACUCAUAGUCGACAAGCUAUCGGUGGGCGUAGGCAUUGGACCGGAGGAGAUCGCGCGUACGGCUACCGCGGUGUCGGUCCGAGCGGGUGUGCAACCCGAGGGGGCACUGUCCUGGAAUACGGCUCUGUGUUCGUGCACGGGGUAUGAAAAUUUCAACACGCUGCAAGUCGAAUUUAGCUUCAACGCAGGGCAAGAUGCGGACGGGCGCGCGUACGCCCGGCGGGAAGAAACGUGCUAUCUGCCGCGGAACCCGAUGGGGCUGUGUCUGUUGCACCUUUUCCAGGUGGCGUUCAAGAAAGGCGUCAUGUCCAAGCUCGGCCAUCGCGAAUCGAACAAGCAGUACUCGCCUUGUUUCCAUGUUCGCAUCAAAACGUGGAACCAACCAGGUGCCUACGGGUGGCCAGACCCGAGCUACUGGACGACCACGAUCAAAAAGCUGGCGGGCGAGGGAAUCACGUUUGCGGACGUGGAUUUUUCAGUGCAGCAGAAGGCGUUUGUUGAGUUCUUCAAGGCCAUCCCGCCGGGGCCCGGCGAAUCAGCCUGCUGGGCGCUACUGCAGGACCAGAACCACAGGACGGGUAAUCACGUGACCGCGUCGGGUGCACGUCGCUCGUCCCAUGGGCCGACGUAUGCUUCCUCUUAUGUCUUUCCCCAUGUCCGUGGGUUCUCGGCCUAUCAACCUCCGUUCCAGGCGCCGUCGAAUCGCAGUCACCAAAAUAGUUCUGAUCCGCUGGCGCCAUCGGCGGCCGGAGUUGUUGCCGGGACGGGGAAUUGGACGUUAGGAGCGCGGGCGCUUGCGGCAACGGGGCUUGCUAAUUUAGCGGUGGCACCAUCCGCCGGAGCAGCUGCGCCUUCUUCGUCUUCCCUGGCGGCGACAGCCAGCAGCAGUGCAGCGGUGGCAUCAUUCGCCGGAGCAAAAGCGCCUUCUUCGUCUUUCCUGGCGGCGACACCAGCCAGCAGCAGUGCAGCUGUACUUGUACUUCCCACCACAGUCGCCGCGAUGUGGUGGGAAGGCCACUACCGCCGCGAUGAUUGCUUCCCGGGCGUCGAAAUCCACCAGAACUUUGAGAAGCAUGGGUAUAUCCCCGCAAGCGAUUUGCUGCAGCGAGACAGUACGGGUCACGUGGACGUCCAGCUUCUUGGGCACGAAGUUCCGAAUCCGCUCCCCAAUGCGUGUUCAGUGUGCCUGGACGAGGAAGACCCCGAUCCGACGGCACGAAGCGGGGUGUGCCUGAGCAACUACUGCUCGCACACGUUUCACAAGUCUUGCCUCUCGGGCUGGUUCAAAAACGGCAAAAAGGAAUGUCCGCAGUGCCGCGCGCAGCUGUGUACGCUGAAUAUCGGGAAGAUGCCUGACGGAAAUAUGUCGUGGUCUUCCAUCCUUGGUACGCUGGCCGGGACCGAACCCACCACACACAUGCUGCAAGUCACUUUCGACUUCCCGGCUGGGUUCUCAGUGGAGGAGCAGAAGGCGUACCAUGGGCGAAGCGAGAACGCCUUUCUGCCUAUUAACAAGGAGGGCACCACCUUGCUGGAACUUUUCAAAAUUGCGUUCAAACGCCGACUGAUGUUUGGACUGGGCGACCGGCUCACGGGGGGGCGGUUUGGACCCACCUUCAACAUUCAUUUGAAAACGACCGUGAAGCAGGUCGGAGCGCACGGCCACGGCUACCCGGAUCCGGGGUACUUCCAGCGCACGAUCGAGGAGCUCAAGACCAACGGCAUCGAAAUUAAGGAUAUCCAGGUACAGAACCAUUCCGGUGCGUCCCCGAAGUUGAAGAAGCAAAAAACAACCUGAAGAUGAAUGAAGUGGGCAUCACUGUUGAUAACUGCUCGGCUGGGUGCGUUUACCCGGCCAACGAAGGGAAGUUUGGCACCUCGAAGAAGACGACCGGGUGCAGUUCGACGUGGACAAUGAAGGUUUUUGUGAGAACACAGGGCGAGAAAUGAAAUAUGCCCGCGGGAUCGCUUUCUACAAAUGCCAGGAAAAUACCUGGCAAGCGGAGUGACUGUCGGGUCAUUCCGGAUAAAGCAGUACUGGGUGCCCGUCCACUCAUAAGUUAAAUGAGACGACGAAGAAACAAAGGACACGCACAAGCAUGAUGAUGAUGUAUGAUGAUGAUGGCGAUCAAUUAUAUUCCACAUUGCAACAGACUGAGUUGAAAACUCUUUAUUAUACCGACGCAAGUAAGCUAUUGGAGC